AUGGCGGCAAGACUUUUCACGGCUACGAUCAUCUGCGGGCUGCUGUUUACCACAGUAACCAGCGGCACCGGAUGUGGAGGGAACCUGACGGCUCCUUCUGGAGGCCCUGUGACGUCACCCAACUAUCCCGGUAACUAUGGCAACAAUGAGAACUGCGAGUGGGCGAUCACUGUACCAGAAGGAAGCAUCAUUAUCCUCACGUUUGACAGCUUUCACACUGAGAGGUAUAAUGACUUUCUUACAAUCUACGAUGGAGCCAAUGAUAAUGCUGCAGAGAUAGAAAGGUUAUCCGGUGACCAAUCGCAAAUUAUCCCCAUCAUCAGCACAUCUAACACGAUGUUUCUGAGGUUUACAUCUGAUAGGAGUUCCAUCCGUCAGGGGUUCAAGUUCUCCUACACAAGUAAGAUCUUUGACUACACUUCUUAA